CUUGCUCCAACCACACUUCCUAAGUUGUUAGCAAUACUCAUUUGCUUGUAGUUUUGCUAACAAACUUCCUUCUAGUUAAGAAAAAUAUGGCUUCUUUUUCUUGUUCAAUGGUUAUAUUCAUCGUGUCUUACCUUCUUGUGGUGAGCUCGAAUGCUCAACUAACCAUGAACUUCUACUCUAGCUCUUGCCCCAAUCUCCAUUCCACGGUGAAAUCUGUCGUGCAAUCUGCUAUCAAUAGAGAGAAUAGGAUGGGCGCUUCUCUCCUUCGUUUGUUCUUUCAUGACUGCUUUGUUAAUGGAUGUGAUGGGUCACUUUUACUAGACGAUACUUCUAAUUUCACGGGUGAAAAGAUGGCAAGGCCUAAUAAUGGCUCAGUUAGAGGAUUCGAGGUGAUCGACCAAAUAAAGUCUGCUGUUGAGAAUGCUUGUCCAGGCAUUGUCUCAUGUGCCGACAUCUUGGCCAUUACAGCUAGAGACUCUGUUGUCACUCUUGGAGGACCAACUUGGAAUGUAAAGCUGGGCAGAAGAGAUGCUAGGACAGCCAGCCAAUCCGACGCAAACAACGACAUUCCACAACCAACGUUUAGCCUUAGUCAAUUGAUCUCAAGUUUCCGAAAUCAAGGCCUUUCCACCACUGAUAUGGUCGCUUUAUCAGGUGCCCAUACAAUAGGACAAGCAAGGUGCACAAGUUUCAGGAGUCGCAUAUACAAUGAAAGCAACAUUGACGAGUCAUUUGCGAAAACAAGGCAGGCAAAUUGUCCAAGAGCAAGUAACUCAGGGGAUAACAACUUAGCACCCUUGGACCUUCAAACCCCGACUUGCUUCGACAACGAUUACUACAAGAACAUCAUCAAUCAAAAGGGUCUUCUACACUCUGAUCAACAAUUAUCCACCAAUGCCCUCGUCCAAACUUACGGCGGCAACCUCGGUAGAUUUUACUCCGAUUUUGCCACCGCCAUGAACAAUAUGGGAGAUAUUAAACCGCUCACUGGUUCAAACGGCGAGAUAAGAAAGAAUUGCAGAAUGAUUAACUAGUUUCCUUAUCAAGGAAUUGUACGUACCUUAGUUAAUGAUACAAGGACACCAUAAUGUUACUAUAUCUUUUUUUAUAGUUACGAUCCCAAAGAGGCCACUGGCCCAUAGUAGUUAAGCUUUCACUUUGUGUUUUUACUGUUUUAGUUAUGCCGUAAGAAUUUGUUACGUAUAAUUGUAAAAUUUGUCUAUGUAAGUUUACUCUUUUUGGUUCACAAGGAUUGUAUAACAGUAUACAACUACUUUCUUCUUUCAA